CGAACCAAUGAGGAGGCGGGGCGGGCACUGAGGGCAGGUCACGUGACCGGAAGAGGAAGCGGGCGAGCGUCGCUAUGGCGGCGGCGCUGGCGCAGGGCCUGGAGCGCGUGCCGGCGCAGGCCGGGUACCUCGUCAUCAGCGACGGCGCCGUGCUGGCCUCCUCGGGGGACCUGGAGAACGACGAGCGCACGGCGGCCGUGCUGCAGGGCCUGGUGGCCACGGCCCUGGGGCUGCGCCUGCCCCGCGGCCACGAGCCGCCCUUCCGCCGCCUCUCGGUGGUGUUCGGCGAGCACUCCCUCCUCGUCACCGUCUCGGGACAGAAGCUCUUCGUGGUCAAGCGCCACCACCACGUGCAGGAGCCGGUGGCCGUGUGAGGAAUGUCCCCAGGCGUCCCCAGAGUGUCCCCAGAGGGGGUGGCGCCGCUCCCGGCCGCCUCCUGCUGUCCCCAAAGCGUCCCCAGGUCCCCCCCGUGGGGACAAUAAACGGCGGCCGAGGGUG